AUGCUUCGGCACUACCGGAGUAAUACCACGGCCGCCCAGAAAACCGGCGUGAAACAACCACAGCGUUGUGUUUCGCCGUGUGACGGAGCACAAGUAAUAGACCCAUCAAAAAAAGAAACUGAAAUAUGGCUACUAAAUCUCUGCAGAGAUGUCCCAGAUGCCAAGAAUAUCACGCUAGAUAAAUUCAAGGAGAUUGUCAACGCUUUUGCUAAAGAACAGAAUAAGUCUAUGGAAGAAAUGAACGAUAGACUCGCUCGACAGAUACCUGCUGUACUUGAACAAGUGGAUUCAUGUCCCGGUAUAUACGUAGCUAUACCUGGAUCGGACAUACUGUCAAUGUUCUCUCCGGUAACAAUUAAUAGCGACAUAAGUACAAUAACUGACUAUAGUGAACUACUCAAGCAAGAUAGUAGUGGCGAGGUCACGUUUAGCAACGAUGAGGGAGCUGUCAGUAACGGCGUGGCAACAGGCAGUCAAGGCGAGGUAGCCGCCGGUAGCCAAGGCGAUAUUGUUGAUUGUAAUCUUCAAAUAAUUAGCGGCAAUCAAGCCCAAGUCUCUGAUGACAGUCCAGACCCAGCAAGUUAA